CUCAGACAACGGCAAGGUAAAGGGGCGGAGUCUGGGAGAGUAAAGUCAGGUAAAGGGGCGGGGCCUCACACAGUAAAGCCAGGUGAAGCUUCAGAGAUUCAUCAGACAAGACAAGCUGCUGCAGGUCACAUGAUGAGUUCCUCUUACCUGAGCUUCAGCAUGCCGCCUCCUGCUGGUCACCGUGACGACCGUGGCCACGCCCCCUUCUUGCUGUACCCGGGAGGGGGGAUGGAGGCUCUGCUGCUGCCCCUGCCCCCCCUACCCCCCGGUGUGUGGGCGUGUCCUCUGGAGCCGGCGUUCGUCCAGCGGAGGAACGAGCGUGAGCGGCAGCGUGUGCGCUGUGUGAACCAGGGCUACGCCGCGCUGAGGGACCGCCUCCCGGGACACGCCGCAGCCACCCACCGCCACCGCCUCAGCAAGGUGGAGACGCUCCGCGCCGCCAUACGCUACAUCAAGUACCUGCAGGGCCUGGUGGCGCCGCAGGAGGACACGCCCCCAACACCACCUCCAGUCUGACUGGACGGAGACAGACUCACCCCUGAGGACACUACAGGGACACCUAGUAGACCAGUUUAAAGAGACAGGAGACAGACAGGAGAGACAGGAGAACAGAGAGACAGACAGGAGGACAUGCCCCCAACGCCACCUCCUGUCUGACUGGACAGAGACAGACUCACCUGAGGACAGUCUGUCUCAACAGGAAACUACAGGGACACUUAGACACUACAGGGACACUUAGAGACAGACAGAGAGACAGACAAGACAGGAGAGACAGACAUAAAGACAGACAAACAUACAGGAAAGACAGACAGCAACAUUAGAAAUCAUUCACUUACUCUUUUUUCUCUUCUUCCAGAGCUUUCAGCUGCGAAAUUAGAAAGUUUUCUGUAUUUUCAGUGUUUAUUAUUAUUUACUGUGUCC